GGCGUGUCCAGUGAGGAAAGGGAGCCUGCGAUAGGCUGAGAGGCGGCGCGGAUUUGCAUACGCGCCUCUAUUAGAGACCCCAAGGAGGGGCCGCUGGAGCUGAGAAGCGGAGUGGCGCGAGGGAGGGACGGGCCAAGGAAGGAAGGCAAGACGGAAGGCAAGCGAAGGCGAGCGCUUGUAGCUCCGAGCCGAGGACUAAGCCCCCUGCCCGCUUCCGCCUCCUCCUCGGUCCCCACAGAAAGAGGAAGCGGAGGAGGAUGUGGGGCGCCCCGUGGCCUGCCUUCUGCCUGUUGCUCUGCCUGCUCCCGCCCGCCGCGGGGAAGACGCUCCGCUACCACAUCUACGAGGAGGAGCCGCCCGGGACGGUGAUCGGCACCCUGGCCGACGACCUGCCCGCGGAGCCGCCCGGGGAGCGCACUUUCCGCCUGCUGAAGCCUCCGGGCAACGGGUCCCUGGUGCGCGUGCGGGAGCGGGACGGGCAGCUGAGCCUGGGGCCGGAGCGGCUGGACCGGGAGGCGCUGUGCGGGGCCUCGUCGGCGUGGUGCGCGCUCUCCUUCGACGUGGUGUGCCUGGGGGGCGCGGGCUCCUCGUCGCCGUACCAGGUGCUGCAGGUGGAGCUGGAGGUGCGGGACGUGAACGACCACGCGCCGCGCUUCCCGCAGGCGGAGGUGUCCCUGGAGGUGUCGGAGGCGGCGCUGCCGGGGACGCGGCUCCCGCUGGGGCUGGCGCUGGACCCGGACGCGGGCGCCAACGGGGUGCAGAGCUUCGCGCUCUCGCCCAACCGGCACUUCGGGCUGGAGGCGCCGCGCCGCGCGGACGGGCUGAAGGGCGCCGAGCUGGUGCUGCUGGCGCCGCUGGACCGCGAGGCGCAGGCCUCCUUCCGCCUGGAGCUGGUGGCCAAGGACGGCGGGAGCCCCGCGCGGUCCGGCACGGCCACCCUGGCCCUGCGCGUGCUCGACGCCAACGACAACGCGCCGGCCUUCCCCCGCGGGGGCGCGCCGCGGCUGCUGGAGCUGCCCGAGGACGCGCCGCCGGGCGCCUUGCUGCUGGAGCUGGGCGCCGCCGACCCGGACGAGGGCGCCAACGGGGCGCUGCUCUACGCCUGGGGCAGCCAGGUGGGGGCCGAGGCGCGCGCCCUCUUCGCCCUCGACCCGCUCUCCGGCCGACUCAGCCUCCGCGCCGCCCUCGACUACGAGCGCCAGCGCGCCUUCGAGCUCGACGUCCAGGCCUCCGACCGCGGCGCCUCACCGCUCCGCGCCGCCUGCAAGGUCCUCGUCCGCCUCCUCGACGUCAACGACAACGCCCCCCAGAUCGACCUCCGGCCCCUCCGCAGCCGGGCCCAGGAAGAGGGAGACGGAGGAGAGGGAGAAGAGCGGGGCCCCGACGGAGAGGAGGUCGCCUACGUCAGCGAGGCCGCCCCGCCAGGCAGCCUGGUGGCCCUGGUCAGCGUCUGGGACCGCGACUCCGGCGCCAACGGGCAAGUGAGCCUCUCCCUGGUCAGCCCCGAGGGAGGCAAGGAGGGAACCCCGCCGCCCUUCACCCUCCGCCCCGCCCACGAGGAAGACGACGACGAGGAGGAGGAAGAUGAUCCGGGCCAGGAGGAAGGCCAGGAGCCCGGCAAGGAGCGCGGGCGCAGCUUCCUGCUGCUGACGUCGGGGCCUCUGGACCGGGAGCGCGUGCCCGAGUACAACCUGACGCUGCUGGCCCAGGACCGCGGAUCGCCCCCCGCCCGCUCCACGCGCCGCCUCUCCGUCCGCCUCGCCGACGAGAACGACCACGCGCCCCGCUUCGCCUCCCCCGCCCUCCGCCUCCCGCUGCCCGAGAACAACCCCCCGGGAGCCUUCCUGGCCGCGCUGGCCGCCCGCGACCCCGAUCUGGGCCCCAACGGGCGCGUGGCCUACCGCCUCCUCCUGGAUGACCAAGGGGGGCAGCAGCAGCUCCAACUCCGCGGGGCGCCACUGGCCACCUACGUCUCGCUGGACGCGGCCUCGGGCGCCCUCUACGCCCUGCGCAGCUUCGACUACGAGGCGCUGAAGGAGCUGUCGCUGACCGUGGUGGCCACGGACGGAGGGAACCCUCCGCUCUCCAGCGCCGCGCAGGUCACCAUCCGGGUGCUGGACCUGAACGACAACGCGCCCGUCAUCACCCACCCGGCCCCCCGCAACGGCUCGCUGGAGGUGUGGGUCUCGCGGCGGGCGGCACGGGGCGCCCAAGUGGGCCGGAUCCAGGCGCGCGACGCCGACGAGGGCGAGAACGCGGCGCUGAGCUUCGCCCUGUUACCGGACCCGGGCGCCCAGGACGAGGAGGAAGCGGCGGGGGAAGCGCUGGCGCUCUUCGCAGUGGACGCGGAGAGCGGGGCGCUGGUGCUGACGGGCAGCCUGGCCGGGGAGCCGCCCGGGAAGGUCUUCCGCGCCCUGCUCCGCGUCUCCGACGGCGGGAGGCCCUCGCUUUCGGCCACCGCAGCCCUGCGCUUCAUCCUCACCUCCUCGGAGGAAGAGCCCGCCUCCUCCUCCUCCUCGGGGGCCUCCUGGGAGGCGGCGGCGCCCUCGCCCUCCUCCUCCUCCUCCGCGCUGCACUGGGACGGGCCCCUCAUCGUCAUCGCCGUCCUGGCCGGGAGCUGCACGCUGCUCCUGGUCGCCAUCAUCGCCAUCGCCACCAGCUGCAACCGGAGGAAGAGGCAGAAGCAGCUGCAGGAGAGGCUCAAGCAGCAGCAGCGGCAAGGCAACGUCCUGGAGGAGCCCCUCGACGACGGGGGAGCGGCCGGAGGGAGCCGAAGCAGCAGCCCCGGGCGACGGAACGGAGGAGCAGGAGGAGCAGGAGGAGGGAGCAGCAGCAGCCCCGGGACCCGCGGGGGAGGAGGCGGAGGCGUGGGCGUGAGCUUCGAGGUGCGCUCCUUCGCCAGCAAGUCCUCCUUCGCCAGCGCCGAGCCUUCCCCGGCCAGCGAGGACCCGCCGCCCUCCGAAGGCAGCCGCAGCGAGAGCGCCAGCCUCUACGACAGCAGCCAGGGACGCCUCCGCCCCGCCCACGCCCACGAGUCCUACGCUUCGACUCCCAGCUAUAGCAAAGAGACCGCCCCACCACCGGUGCCCAUCUGGAAGGGCCACUCCUUCAACACCAUCUCCGGCCGGGAAGGGGACAAGUUCAGUGGCAAAGACAGUGGCAAAGGUGACAGCGACUUCAACGACAGCGAUUCAGACAUCAGCGGGGAUGCCCUGAAGAGAGACCUCAUCACCCAUAUGCAGAAUGGUUUGUGGGCUUGUACUGCCGAAUGCAAGAUCCUGGGCCACUCUGAUCGAUGCUGGAGCCCUUCCUGUGGUCGAACCAACCCGCACUGCGCCUCCCACCCAAAGACCCAGCUCUCCACUUUCUGCAAGAGUACCUCACUGCCACGGGACUCCAUUCGCCGAGAUAAUUAUUAUCAGGCACAACUGCCCAAGACGGUGGGACUUCAGAGUGUCUAUGAGAAAGUCCUGCACAGGGAUUAUGACAGGACAAUGACAUUGCUCUCUCCUCCCCAUCCAGGGAGGCUGCCGGACCUCCAAGAGAUCUCCGUGCCCCUCUACCAGGCUCCUUCUACUCGCUAUUUAGGGCCACCUCCUGAGACUAAUCAGAAUGGCUAACCACUUCCCAGCACUUGACUUUUGCUCAGGCCCAGAGGGGUCUGUCUAGUACCAGUGUCAGGCCUGGAAUCUGAAUUUCUGAAAUGAUGCAUUUGCUGGGGAUGUUUUCUUCCCCUUUUCUGUAUUUUGUGUUUUUGUUGAAGAGGACAGCGACUCUGAGCAUGUGCAAAGUGUCUCUCACACAGCUUGGUGACUAUGAGCAGCCCCAACAAGCCUCCAGGUUUACAGGAAAACUCUUUGUAUCUUAGCUCUUCUUUUUUAGAAAGAUUAUAAACACUGCUUCCAUACUGAGUCCCCACAUCCCAACUCAAGCAUGCACCUAGAUAAAUGCACACAGAUCAUUUCCAAUAGUUCUUAAAUUAAUGACCAGGUUCAGUGUACAGAAGAACAAGCAAAACGUGCCUUAAAAUAUAAACGUGUUUUUGUACGCAUGUGUGCAUGCAUACAAACAUAUAUGCACACAUAGUCCUGCACAUACACAUGGCUAGGUGUGUGUAUGGAAGUCUCUGUGUGUAUGAUAUGCAUAUUUACAUACACAUGUGCACACAGAAAUACAUACAUGAUCAUGUAUGUACAUGGGCAGGUUUGUACAGAUAGUUAUAUAGAUAUAUAUGGUGUGUUAAAGAAGUUGUUGGGAAAGAUUUCCAAUUGCGUUGGUACUGUUUGAUAUUUGCAAACAAAAACUCUUUGUAGUUAUUGUAAUUUUUAUGAAAUGUGCGGUAUUUAAUUCUUUUUUUUUUCUAUGUUGCUCUUUUGCUUCACCCAUGGCCUGCCUUUUCGUAGUGUUUUCUUAAACCUGUAUAUUAUGUAAUGUAAUGUUUGUAUAUAAGGAAAUUCCAUUCUAUUUUUAUAUAAUAAAACCUUGGGGAAGGGGGACCAGAAAUUCUUGCCAAAGGAAGUGUCUGAAAGACAUGCUCAGAAGAAAAAGAACACUGAAUCCUUUAGAAAUCACUGAAAAGAACUUUCACAGAUUAAGGAUAGGUAACUUUAGCAACUUGCUUGUAUGGGAAAGACUGCCUUGCCAAGUGUGAAUUGUGUUUCUGGAGUCAGUUUGAAACUAACUGUGGUUUAAUUAUUCUGUGUCACUUAUAUAAACACUAAUAAAGGACUUGUUAUGUGUUGGAGGA